GCCGCCGCCGAGCCGCUAUCGCUGAGUGGAGCCGGGUUGAGAGCGAGGCGUUCAGGUAGCUCGGUCCGCCGAAGUCUCGCACCCUCAGUUCGUGCUUGCCGCCGCCCGUCUCCAGAGAACCAUGGCGUCUGGCAGCACUACAGCCAGUGAGGAGGAGCGCAGCCUUCGGGAAUGUGAGCUCUACGUCCAGAAGCACAACAUUCAGGCACUGCUCAAGGACUCCAUUGUGCAGUUGUGCACUGCUCGACCAGAGAGACCCAUGGCAUUCCUCAGGGAAUACUUUGAGAGGUUGGAGAAGGAGGAGGCAAAACAGAUUCAGAAUUUGCAGAAGGCAGGUACCCGGACAGACUCAAGAGAGGAUGAAAUCUCUCCUCCUCCACCCAACCCAGUGGUUAAGGGUCGGAGGCGACGAGGUGCUAUCAGUGCGGAAGUCUACACAGAGGAAGAUGCUGCAUCAUAUGUUAGAAAGGUCAUACCAAAAGAUUAUAAGACAAUGGCAGCUUUAGCCAAAGCCAUUGAAAAGAAUGUGCUGUUUUCACAUCUUGAUGAUAAUGAGAGAAGUGAUAUUUUUGAUGCCAUGUUUCCAGUUUCCUUUAUAGCUGGGGAGACUGUUAUUCAGCAAGGUGAUGAAGGGGAUAACUUCUAUGUGAUUGAUCAAGGAGAGAUGGAUGUCUAUGUCAACAAUGAAUGGGCAACCAGUGUCGGGGAAGGAGGGAGCUUUGGAGAACUCGCUCUGAUUUACGGAACACCUAGAGCAGCCACUGUCAAAGCAAAGACAAAUGUGAAGUUGUGGGGUAUCGACAGAGACAGCUAUAGAAGGAUCCUUAUGGGAAGCACACUAAGAAAGCGGAAGAUGUAUGAGGAGUUCCUUAGUAAAGUGUCUAUUUUAGAAUCUCUGGAUAAGUGGGAACGUCUCACGGUAGCUGAUGCAUUGGAACCUGUCCAGUUUGAAGAUGGGCAAAAGAUUGUGGUGCAGGGAGAACCAGGGGAUGAGUUCUUCAUUAUUUUAGAGGGGUCAGCUGCUGUGCUACAACGCCGGUCAGAAAAUGAAGAGUUUGUUGAAGUGGGAAGAUUGGGGCCUUCUGAUUAUUUUGGUGAAAUUGCUCUACUGAUGAAUCGCCCUCGUGCUGCCACGGUGGUUGCACGUGGCCCCUUGAAGUGCGUUAAGCUGGACCGACCUAGGUUUGAACGUGUUCUGGGCCCAUGCUCAGAUAUCCUCAAACGAAACAUCCAGCAGUACAACAGUUUCGUGUCACUGUCUGUCUGAGAUCUGCCUCCUGUGCCUCCCCUUGUCCUCUCCCCAGUCCACGCUUCACUUACGCAGACUGCUUUAUGUUCCCUCUUUGCAGUGCCAAGUGGCCACUGGCAUCGCAGCUUCUUGUCUGUUCAUAUUGAAAGUUGCUUUAUUGCACCAUUUUUAAUUUGGAACAUUAACUGAAUGCUCGUACACAGUUAAAUAAAUAGAAAGAGUUCUGUGGAGACUUGGCUGUUACCGCUUCUCUUUGUGCAGCGUUAGAUCAGCCUGGGCGGGGAGCGCUGUGCUUCUGGCGAGGGCAGACCCCAGCACAGACGUUUACUGCAGGGUAACACAGCAGUGCAGAGGUUUUAAGCGACAUAAUUUACCAGUUACGAGCAUAUUUAGACUGUGGCCAAUACAUGCUGUAUUUCUUUAUAGAAUAAAUGGUUUCUCAGUUAAGUUCUAAGGAUUAGAAAAAAAUGGAUAUAGAAAAAUCUUAGUAUAGUAGAAAAACAUCUGUCUGUAAUUAAACUAGUUGAGGAUGGAAAAAUGCCUAUUUUUACUAAUGAUCAGAU